UUUCCAGCUCUGCGCCCGGCGCCGGGCACCGAAGGCCGGCUGCGCGCCCCACUGCGGCUCGGUCUGCCGUGCGGACCUGCAGGGCAGGACUGGACGCACCGGCCGGCUGAGCCUUCCAGGUGACUGGGAAGACUCUUCAAGAAAAAAUACAUUUGUUAAGAACAAUGGCAUUAAAAGUACUGCUGGAACAAGAGAAAACUUUUUUCUCUUUUGUAAUUUUACUAGGCAUUUUGUCAUGUAAAGUGAUUUGUGAAACAGGAGACUGUAGACAACAAGAAUUCAGGGAUCGGUCUGGAAAUUGUAUUCUCUGCAAUCAGUGUGGGCCAGGCAUGGAGUUGUCAAAGGAAUGUGGCUUCGGCUAUGGGGAGGAUGCACAGUGUGUGACAUGCCGGCCCCACAGGUUCAAGGAGGACUGGGGUUUCCAGAAAUGUAAGCCGUGUCUGGACUGUGCACUGGUGAACCGCUUUCAGAAGGCAAAUUGUUCAGCCACCAGCGAUGCCGUCUGUGGGGACUGCCUGCCAGGAUUUUAUAGGAAGACGAAACUUGUUGGUUUUCAAGACAUGGAGUGUGUGCCUUGUGGAGACCCUCCGCCUCCUUACGAACCACACUGUGCCAGCAAGGUCAACCUUGUGAAGAUUGCAUCCACAGCCUCCAGUCCACGGGACACAGCGCUGGCUGCUGUCAUCUGCAGCGCCCUGGCCACCGUCCUGCUGGCCCUGCUCAUUCUCUGUGUCAUCUACUGUAAGAGACAGUUCAUGGAGAAAAAACCCAGCUGGUCUCUGAGAUCACAGGACAUACAGUACAGUGGUUCCGAACUGUCAUGUUUUGACAGACCUCAGCUCAACGAAUACGCCCACAGAGUGUGCUGUCAGUGCCGCCGAGACUCGGCCCAAGCCUGCGGGCCUGUCCACUUGAUCCCAUCCUUGUGCUGUGAUGAGGCCUGCAGCACCCGCCGGGCGACUCUUGGUUGUGGGGUGCAUUCUGUGGUCACACUUCAGGAGAGAAACGCAGGCCCCGUCGGGGAGAGCAUGCCGACUUUCUUCGGGUCCCUCUCAAGGUCCAUCUGUGGCGAGUUUUCAGAUGCCUGGCCUCUGAUGCAAAACCCCGUUGGUGGUGACAACAUCUCUUUUUGUGACUCUUAUCCUGAACUUGCUGGAGAAGACAUUAAUUCUCUCAAUCCAGAAAAAGAAAGCUCGACAUCUUUAGAUUCGAAUAACAGUCAGAAUUUGGUUGGUGGAGCUGUUCCAAUUCAAGCUCAUCCUGAAAACUUUACAGAAACUACCAAUUUAUCUAGAUACACCACCACACUGGCAGAACCAACACUAACUCAGGUGGCACUGACUACUAGAGGCCAGCUAGGUCAGGAGAGCAGCGCUGUCAUUAACCUACCCACGCACACGUCCCUCCAGGAAGCUUAAAGGACUUGCUUCUUUCUGCUGAAGUGUAUGUCUGGAGCCCAAAGGACACUCUCCUCUCUUAGGCUUAUGGAAUAAGCACAGUCUGCCCCGUGCACAGCUUCUGGGCAAAAAGCAAAUCAGAACCAAAUGGAUGGCAUUUCAAGCCACAGUUGCUUCUGUGCCAGACCAGCUGUAAUCUGAAACCUUAGUGAAUAAUAAGAAAAGACUGCAGGCAGACUGAGGAUACUUUGUGUCUCUUCAGCGGUAGGACCUUCUCUGCUACAAGAGUGACUUCAAAGACUGAAGGGCUAAAUUGGCAGCCGAUGAGAUUCCAAACACAUAACAAGAAACAGAAUUGCAUUCAUGCUUAUUGAAUGUGGUUUUAUGAGACUGAAGACCCAGAGUAUAAAUUUCCCCUUGCAUUUUCCUUCCAGAGAAAUUUCAUAUAGCCUAUGAAAUGUCAUAACCUGAAUGCUGAAUGGGUUCAAAAGUGAGUGUUCCUAUUAGAGAAGGUCACCUUUUCAUCAUCUAAAGUGAUUAGCUUAGCUGGUUACAAAUGACUUCAUACUGCCUGCCUAAAUCUUGGAUUUAUUACCUGAAGUUGACUGACCUAAGUAAGGGUCAGAGGAGAGCAUCUUAUCAGAAGCACCACUUUGGACCUCAGCCUGUGUCUCAUGAACACCUGCCGAUGCUGAUAUCAAGACAGGCCUGGCUUAGGGAACAUUGCUGGGAAAGGGAGGCCCAUCCCCCUGGAUUAAAAACCACUUAAUGCACAGUCCAG